AUGUUACGGUUAUGUCGUUUAGUUAUGGAUGAAUUCAACGGUUUAAAAGAAGAAGUUAUUAUUGAAAGUCCUUUUGCUCAAAUAACUCAGGAUGGUGAGGGUAUUAGACAAGUUCAAUUAGGUUUAACACGAAAAUAUCUUUUAGUUGGAAAAGAUAAUUUUGAUAAGGCAGAAACAGAAUCAUUGUCAAAUAUUUAUUUUAAAGCAGAUAUUGAACCGGAAUUCGAAUCAAUGAGAUUAAUACAAAUAAUACCAUUAAAAGCAAUUCGUAUAAAAGUUUAUCGACGUGAUAGUAGAGAACUUUUAAAAAUUAUUGCUGGAAAUAAUUCUAAAAUCAUAUAUUUUGAGUUUGGUGGACAUUUAUUAAGAAGGAUGUAUUGGAAUAUUUGGAAAGAUCGAAUUGAAAAUCCUUAUACAGAUAUUGAAACACCAUUAACAAGUAAUAGUGAAAAUGAGAUGCCAAAAAAAUUACAAGUAUUGGUCGAAGUUCAUUCAAAAUUUAAAAAAAUAGUACUUAAUGAAAAUGGGAAAGACCAACAAGAUGUUGAGACUAAUAUGAAUUAUUAUUAUCAUGAAACAAAAUCAUCAAUUGAAAAAACUGGUUAUAGUGUAUUAAAAUCUCAUAGCGAUAAUGAUUAUAUCAUUGAUUUAAGUCAACAAAAGAAUUCUACCGAUGAUGAAGGGACAUUAAAUAGAAAAUCAGUUUCAACGGGAUUGAUACGUUUGUGCUACCUUGAUAAAUAG